AUGCGGCCAUUGGGGGGUGUUGGAGCGCUCGUGGGGUUGGGCUUACUGGCCUUGCAACCAGCCCUGGUCGGCGCGCAGGGCGAGACCAAGAUCCAUGAGAAGGGCCGCUGUGCAAUCCGCGGACACUGCGGGAAGCAAUCAAUCUUUGGAGGCGAGUUACCUUGCCCUGACAAUGGACGGGCACAUGACCCGGAGGACGAGGUCAGACAGAAGCUGGUUGGGCUGUGCGGAUCGAAGUGGGAGAAAGGCCCUGUCUGCUGUCUCGAUGAGCAGAUCGAUGCACUCUCGAGCAAUUUGAAGCUGGCUGAGGGCAUCAUCGCGUCCUGUCCAGCCUGCCGCCACAACUUCUUCGACAUUUUCUGUACCUUUACAUGCUCACCGGAUCAGUCGCUCUUUGUCAACGUCACUCAAACCGAAGAAUCUCGCUCGGGUAAGAGACUAGUCACCGAGCUGGAGAACAUUUGGUCCGAGGAGUACCAAAGUGGUUUUUUUGAUAGCUGCAAGAGCGUGAAAAAUGGCGCUUCAGGUGGAAAGGCCAUCGACUUCAUCGGCGGGGGUGCGAAAAACUACUCUCAGUUCGUGAAAUUCCUGGGUGACAAAAAGUUCCUGGGGAGUCCAUUCCAAAUCAACUAUCGCACUGAACCCAGCGGUCCCGACUCGAAGGGGAUGAAGCCGUUGCCUAUGAAGCCCAAGGCUUGUAACGACCCGGACAAAUCGUAUCGUUGCUCUUGCGUCGACUGCCCCGACGUAUGCCCCGAAUUGCCUGCCGUGUCUACUCAGGCUUCGUGCCAUGUCGGACUAUUGCCAUGUCUCUCAUUUGCUGUCAUCGUCAUCUACUCUGCAUUCCUCACGCUUGUGAUGGGACUCGCAAGCUAUAUCACGUACAAGGAACGUCGGUUCCGCAAGCCUGAGCGUGUGCGCUUGCUUCAGGAUCCUACUCCUAGUGAUGAUGAAGAUGAAGGGGAGGUUGUACAUCGUGGCGGCUACAUGGAACAACCUCUGGGUGUAUACAAGCCAAACUCGCUAUUGUCUGCUCUAUUCCGCCGCAUUGGCGGAGCUUGUUCUCGAUUCCCCGCCAUUACGAUCGUCUCCAGCUUUAUUGUGGUGGUGUUGCUUAGUCUGGGCUGGCUUCGAUUCACGAUUGAAACCGAUCCCGUGCGUCUCUGGGUGAGUCCGUCCUCGCCAGCCGCUCAAGAAAAGGAAUUCUUCGAUGAAAGCUUUGGGCCAUUCUUCCGAGCCGAGCAAGCCUUCCUGGUCAAUGAAACCGGCCCCGUUCUGAAGUAUGACACCCUUGUCUGGUGGUUCGAUGUCGAGUCUCGCGUGCGUCGCAUGAUUUCGCAGGACAAGGGCCUCAAUUUGGAUGACGUCUGCUUCAAGCCCACGGGUGAUGCCUGUGUGGUGCAAUCAUUGACCGGGUACUUCGGUGGCUCUAUGGCCAAUCUUGAUCCCGACACAUGGCAAGAUCGAUUGCGCCACUGCACUGAAUCUCCGGGUGACCCUAGCUGCCUCCCUGACUUCUCACAGCCCUUGAAGCCGGAGAUGAUUCUAGGUGGAUAUGAAACCACUGGAGAUGUUCUGGAUGCCCAAGCGCUGGUUGUGACGUGGGUGGUGAACAAUUUUGCCCAGGGCACUACUGGCGAAGAGAAUGCCAUUGAUUGGGAGAACAGCUUUAGAGCCGUCUUCAAUGACGUCCAGGGAGAAGCCGCUGAACGUGGUCUCCGCGUUUCUUUCAACGCCGAGGUUAGCCUUGAGCAAGAGCUGAACAAGUCCACCAACACAGAUGCGAAGAUCGUGGUCAUCAGCUACGUGAUCAUGUUCGUUUAUGCUUCUCUGGCUUUGGGCUCUGUCACUGUAACCUGGCGGUCUCUUCUUACGAACCCCGCCAACGCCUUCGUGCAGUCCAAGUUCACCCUUGGUAUUGCCGGUAUCUUGAUUGUGUUGAUGUCAGUCUCUGCUUCCGUGGGACUGUUUUCAGCGGCCGGCGUAAAAGUGACUUUGAUCAUUGCCGAAGUCAUUCCGUUCUUGGUUCUGGCCGUGGGCGUGGAUAAUAUCUUCUUGAUCGUUCAUGAGUUUGAGCGUGUCAACUUUAGCCAUCCGGACGAAGAGAUCGAUGAGAGAGUUGCUCGUGCCGUCGGCAGAAUUGGACCCAGUGUCUUCCUAUCUGCUCUCACGGAAACUGUGGCAUUCUCUCUGGGCGCCUUUGUAGGGAUGCCCGCUGUCAAGAACUUUGCCGCGUACGCAGCCGGUGCCGUCUUCAUCAAUGCCAUUUUGCAGGUUACAAUGUUCAUCUCCGUGCUGGCUCUUAACCAGCGACGAGUGGAGAGUCUUCGCGCAGACUGCUUCCCAUGCCUUACCGUUCGGAAGGCCAACUCUUUUGGCAUGCCUGAAGCACAGAUAUAUGAUGACCAUGAAGCAGAGAGUACUCUGCAAAGCUUCAUCCGCCGGAUAUAUGCUCCUUUUAUCUUGGACCGCCGUGUCAAGGCAGUCAUUGUCAUCGUCUUCUUGGGUAUUCUGACUGCGGGCCUGGCCUUGAUUCCUGAAGUCGCCCUCGGUCUGGAUCAGCGGAUUGCACUCCCCAGUGACUCCUACCUUAUCUCAUACUUCAAUGAUCUUGACGCCUACUUCCGUACGGGACCCCCAGUUUACUUUGUGACUCGCAAUGUCAACGUGACCGAGCGAAAGCACCAGCAGCAGCUCUGUGGUCGAUUCACCACCUGUGAAGAAUUUUCCUUGCCAUUCGUGUUGGAACAGGAAUCCAAGCGUCCGAAUGUGUCUUACCUUGCAGGAUCUGCCGCUAGCUGGGUUGAUGACUUUUUCUACUGGCUCAAUCCCCAACAGGAUUGCUGUAAAGAGGAUGACAAGCUUUGUUUCGAGGGUCGCAAUCCGCCCUGGAACCUCACUCUUUACGGAAUGCCAACCGGGCCCGAGUUUAUUCACUACGCCGAGAAAUGGAUCGAUGCACCCACCGAUGCUUCCUGUCCUCUCGGAGGAAGGGCGCCCUACAGCUCUGCAGUCCUCAUCGACAAGGAACAUACCAUGAUCAAUGCCAGUCAUUUCCGAACGAGCCACACUCCUCUGCGAAGUCAAGAUGACUUUAUCCAGGCGUACAUUGCAGCUCGUCGAAUCGCCAAUGAUAUUUCCAAAGAGCACAAGAUCGAUGUGUUCCCAUAUUCAAAGUUCUACAUCUUCUUUGACCAGUACGUUUCCAUCGUACAGCUGACUGGUACCCUGCUGGGAUCGGCAGUCGCCAUCAUCUUCGUCUUGACCUCUGCCAUUCUCGGGUCAAUCGCUACGGGAGCCGUCAUCACCACUACGGUGGUCAUGACGGUGGUCGACAUCAUCGGAACGAUGGCCAUUGCUGGUGUUUCACUAAACGCCGUCUCUCUCGUGAAUCUGGUAAUUAGCGUUGGUAUUAGCGUGGAAUUCUGCGCGCAUAUUGGUCGGGCGUUCAUGUUCCCCCCACGAACCCUUCUGGAGAAAGCCCCCGCCAAGUUCCGCGGCAAGGACGCCCGGGCCUGGACGGCCCUGGUCAAUGUGGGUGGGAGUGUGUUUAGCGGCAUUACGGUGACGAAGCUGCUUGGAGUCUGCGUGCUGGCGUUUACUCGAAGCAAGAUCUUCGAGAUCUACUAUUUCCGCGUGUGGCUGGCCCUGGUGGCGUUUGCUGCCACCCACGCGCUUAUCUUCCUGCCAGUAGCUCUCAGCUACUUUGGCGGUGGUGGAUAUCUCGACCCAGCUGCAGACGGUGGCCUCGAGGCCAACCUCGCGUCCCGAGGCUACCGCUCGUUUAUGGUUGAUGACGAUUACGACUCUGAUGAAUACUAA